AUGGCUCACAGAAAGGCUACCACCCAUAUGGGCAAGCACCAGUGUGCUGACAUAAGCUUUUCUUAUGCAGAAACGGUGACUCUCAGCUCCAGCUCUGAGGUGCCCAACCUGCCGAAACGAGGGCUCAGUGAGUCUAGCCGUGUGGGAGGAUGGGGGGCACGGGUGGCUAAACCGUACCCGACCCCGGCACGCAGGCGUCACCGCACCACCUUCAGCCAGGAGCAGCUGGAGCUUCUGGAGCUGGCGUUUGGACAGAACCACUACCCAGACAUCUACAGCCGCGAGGAGGUGGCCCGCGCCACCAAGCUGAACGAAGCCAGAGUACAGGUUUGGUUCCAGAAUCGCCGCGCCAGGCAACGUAAGCACGAGCGCGCCGCCCAUCAGAAAGUCUUGCCCAUGGGCAUGAUGCCGGGGCGCGCUGCUCUUCUGGGCGGCCUGUGUCAUGCCAUGCAGUCCCCGGCGGUCAGCUGGCAGUGCCAAUGCUCCCACUCCCUCGCGCCAGUCUCCCGCUUCGCCUCCUCCGUGGUGGCGCCCGGCGGAUACCCUCACCCUCACGCUGUGCCGGCCGGCCAGUGCCCAACGGUGGCCAUUAGCUGCCAGUCUGGCCCGUCUGUGGCACCCGCCUCGCAGCCACGCCAGCAGGACGACUGGUACUGCCAGCUCCGCAGCAUGAAUCCUCCUCACACGUCUGUGCUCUCGCUGGCCACCAUGUCGGCCCUGGACUCCGCCGGGCAUUGGAACUAG